AUGAAUUCUACACCUGAUUUAAUAACUCCGCAGAAGUCUACUUCUUCAAAUUCAAAUAUUGAAGUAGACUCAAAUAACUCAAAGGUUCUAAAUGAUCCUGCCGGUAUGGAGAAGAAUGGCUCCGACGACUAUGAACAAGUGACCGAACUUGUAAAUCCAAAUAACGGUAAAGGUGCUUAUGUUACAGUAUCUAUUUGUUGUGUUAUGGUGGCAUUCGGUGGUUUCGUUUUUGGUUGGGAUACUGGUACCAUUUCUGGUUUUGUCGCUCAAACUGAUUUCUUGAGAAGAUUCGGUCAAAAGCAUCACAAUGGUACUCCUUACUUGUCCAAGGUCAGAAUGGGUUUAAUUGUUUCUAUCUUUAACAUCGGUUGUGCUAUUGGUGGUAUUGUUUUGGCAAGAUUAGGUGAUACACAUGGUCGUAAGAUGGGUUUGAUUAUUGUUGUCUGCAUUUACAUUGUCGGUAUCAUUAUUCAAAUCGCUUCUGUUAAGGCUUGGUACCAAUACUUUAUCGGUAGAAUUAUUUCCGGUCUAGGUGUUGGUGGUAUUGCAGUCCUAUCCCCAAUGUUGAUUUCUGAGGUUGCACCCAAGGAAAUGAGAGGUACUUUAGUCUCCUGUUACCAAUUGAUGAUUACCCUUGGUAUUUUCUUGGGUUACUGUACUAACUACGGUACUAAGAACUAUUCUAACUCUGUCCAAUGGAGAGUUCCAUUAGGUUUAUGUUUUGCAUGGGCUCUAUUUAUGAUUGGUGGUAUGACCUUUGUUCCAGAAUCCCCACGUUACUUGGUCGAAGCAGGGAAGAUUGAUGAAGCUAGAGCUUCCUUAUCAAAGGUUAAUAAAACCCCAGGUGAUCAUCCAUUUAUCCAACAGGAAUUAGAACUUAUUGAAGCUAGUGUUGAAGAAGCUAGAGCGGCUGGUUCUGCUUCCUGGGGUGAAUUGUUUACUGGUAAGCCCGCCAUGUUACAACGUACAAUGUUGGGUAUUAUGAUUCAAUCAUUGCAACAAUUGACUGGUGAUAAUUAUUUCUUUUACUACGGUACCACGGUUUUCACUGCUGUUGGUAUGCAAGAUUCAUUUGAAACAUCCAUUGUUUUUGGUAUUGUUAACUUAGCCUCUACUUGUUGUUCUUUAUACACCGUUGAUAAAUUUGGUCGUCGUAACUGUUUAUUAUGGGGGGCCGUCGGAAUGGUUUGUUGUUAUGUUGUUUACGCAUCUGUUGGUGUUACAAGAUUAUGGCCAAAUGGUGAAGGAAAUGGAUCCUCUAAGGGGGCUGGUAACUGUAUGAUUUGUUUUGCCUGUUUCUAUAUUUUCUGUUUCGCUACCACUUGGGCACCUAUUGCAUAUGUUGUCAUUUCUGAAACUUUCCCAUUGAGAGUCAAGUCUAAGGCCAUGUCAGUGGCUACUGCUGCCAAUUGGUUAUGGGGUUUCUUGAUUGGUUUCUUCACUCCUUUUAUUACUGGUGCUAUCAACUUCUAUUACGGUUAUGUGUUUAUGGGUUGUAUGGUCUUUGCCUACUUUUACGUUUUCUUCUUUGUUCCAGAGACUAAAGGUUUGACUUUGGAAGAAGUUAAUGAUAUGUAUAGUGAAGGUGUUGUUCCAUGGAAGUCAGCUUCAUGGGUUCCACCUUCUAGAAGAGGUGCUGAUUAUAAUAUUGAUGAAUUGGCUCAUGAUGAUACCCCAAUCUACAAGAGAAUGUUUGGCAGAAAGUAA